GGAACGUGGCGUGUCCAUGGAUGCCACGUGUCACUCAUGCACACCAGGUCACCUAGUUUAAUCAACAAGCACCAGCCGGUCACCACUUUCUCUCACUCGGUGCACCUACUUUACUGCUCCUCUGCAACUCCCUUCCCGCUUGCUAAGAUAUACUUAACAAAAUACAACAAAUUCUUAAAGAAGAAAAACACUCUUGCUUGCCAAGCUACAAGGGAGAUGACAUUGGAGUCCAUCAUGGACCCCAGAUGUCCAUUGGUGUCGAACUGCACGACAUCCGCUCAUGCGUGUGGAGACCUGGUUCAGUCAUCAAAUUCUGAUACACAACCAAAGGAAGAGUAGUUCCAGGCCGUCUUAGCUUUUCUCUAUAGUGCAACUUCAGGAAAUGUUCCAGGUAUUUCAGCUAAUAUUCCACAUUUAAAUGUUGGUGUGGUCUCAGCUGAUACAACUCCAAGUACUUUAAAUAGUUUGACCAACUUGGGUUUAAGUGUUGGUGCAAGUUGUUCGCUUAGCGGGUUCAAUUCAGCAGUUUUGGAAGGCCCUGAUUUGCAUAGGAGAGUCAGUGGCGACAUGGAUCAUGUCAAUGUAGCAGCAUUACCCUGGUUCUCAUCACAUAAUUCACACAUUUCAGGGUCACCUGCUCCCAGUGGUUCAUCCACAGUGCAACAAGACUCCCAGGUAGGCCAAAAUUGCUCACGGGUGUUGAAAAGAAAAUGGCAACAAGGAGGCAUUAGUACCAAAUCUCAGUGUGAAUUGAAGAAGAGUCAAAAUUUACUACUUAAUGCUGAAAAACGGGAGCUCUCCAUUUCAAAUGAAAUGUAUGAUAGACCGAGAUUUGACACCAAGCAAGAUGCUGUUCUGCACCAGCAUAAUAUUCAGCAACUACUGCAGAGUCAAAACAAUAGGCAGUUGCAAGGUCAUUCUCAAGUCCUAGAGGCAUUAGUUCAUCAGCAUAAGCUAGAGAAUCAGAAGCGGCAAAGGAAAUUGCAGUCACCUCCAGAAAUGCAAGAAGUUGAAUUGAAGGAGCAGAGGCAGCAACAGAUGAGGGACUAUCUCCAACAACUGGCCUUGCAAGAAGUACAUCAUAUACACCCUUUCAAUAGUAAUGUAUGUUCACGCCGCCUGAAACAGUACAUGUAUCAUCUGCAGCAUCGACCACCUAAUAGUGAUAUUGCCUAUUGGAGGAAAUUUGUGGCAGAGUAUUAUGCUCCUUGUGCUAAGAAAAGAUGGUGUUUGUCUCUGUGUGAUGAUUUUACACCUCAUGCCGACUGUGUCUUCCCUCGGGCAGCUGUGGGUACAUGGCAUUGUGGGUUAUGCGGGACCAAAUGUGGAAGGGGAUAUGAGGCAACUUUUGAAGUACUUCCCAGGCUCAAUAAGAUACAUUUUGAGAGCGGUGUUAUAGAUGAACUUUUGUUUCUUGAAUUGCCGCAAGAGUGCAGACUUCCUUCAGGGUUAAUAAUGUUGGAAUAUGAAAAGGCAGUUCAUGAAACUGUCUUUGACCAACUUCAUGUUGUUCGCAAGGGCAAACUGCGGGUGGUCUUCACUCUUGGAUUAAAGAUAUUGUCUUGGGAGUUUUGCUCACAUAACCAUGAAGAACUGUUGCCUCGAAGUUCAGUAGCAUCAAAGGUUAAUGAGUUUGUUCAUGCUGCACAAAAACUUCAAACAACCAUCAAGUGCGGUGGAUCUGAUAAGAUAUCACUGCAUACUCUAGGAGAAAAUUACAAUAUGUUACUGUCAACUGGGUGCAAGCUUCAAAGCAAUUUGGAUCUCCAGCUGGUUGGGGAGUUUGAAUUGUCGAAGAGAUACAUCCGGUGCUUGCAGAUAGCUGAUGUGCUCAAUAAUAUGAAAGACUUGAUGACUUUCAGUUGGGAGAAUAAAAUUGGACCAAUCCAGAGUUUGAAGAAUUAUUCCCAAAAAUUUACUACAACAAAAUUCCAUAGAGAUGAAUAUCAAGAAAAGGAGAAGCUUGAGAUUGCACACGGCAUGUCAAAUGACACAACUAAAUUGUUAUCUACUUCUCAUGGUUUGAGCAGCAAUAAGAAUGAAAACUCGAACAUAAGCAAGGAUGGACUCCUGACUGGCUCAGAAAAGGCAGCACUGAUGCAUGCAAGUGAUUACUGCAAACUGCCGAGGCAGACUUCCUCCAGCUCGAAUUUCAGCAAAUUGGUCGAGUCUAAUUUAUACAAGGGAACUAACCAAAACCAAUUUGCAGUUCCUGAACUAUUUCAAGGUCUCAAGACGUCGACUCCAGAAUUUAGCCAGAACUUACCCUUGUCAAGUUCCCAUUUCCAAGAAAGUAACAGGAACACACACGAGCUUCUAAUUCAAAAACUGCUCCAGGGGAUGGUUAAUAACAGCAGAGCAGCAAAAGAACCAGUAAAUCAUAUCAUCAAGGAUGGAACUGCCGGCUUGCCGGAAAAUUCCAAAGGGACAGGUAUUUCUGAGAAUUUGAUUUCCAAGAACAGCACAUCACUUGAAAUAACUGCAGAUACUGCAUCAAGUAGCAUCGUGGUAAAGAAGAGUGGCUUUAAGGCUUCUAAGCAGCAGCGGAGCAGUCCCAGUUUGGAUAAGAGGGAACUGACAUUGCCUAAAAGUCUUUGUUUGCCCGAGGUCCACAAUAUGUUUCAUGGUUUAUGUUGAAAACGAGAUAUCUAAUGGCAAUCAUUGCAGUAGCAUGUGACUGAAAGGCAUGAUCGUCUCUUUUUCUUUAGGUUUCUUUAUGGGUGAUAUAUAUAUAUAUAUUUUCUGGCAGUAGCUUUUACAGAAGUGUUUUUAAAGAAGAUUUGGCGAAGUCUCUUUGUCAUUUCCUUGAUAGUGGCGAUGAUUUUGAUAAUAUCAACGAUGUAAUUUGUUGAUCAUAUAUAUACAUGUAUUCUUUUGGUGUGUGUGUGGUUUGGGGGAGAAAGAUCGGAGGGAAGCGUAAGGCAGUAUCCUCUGUACCAUGAUAUGUUUAUAUUAUAAUAAAUUUAACAAUGCAACACUUGGAAUGUU